AUGGUUUCUUGUUGGUGGGCCCUCGGUAACCUUUCUCAGUGGCCAAGGAUCAUUCUUCUUAUUCAUGCGCGCUUACCCGUUUCCUCUCUUCUGUUAGGGGGUUUCUGUUAUUUAAUAGGCCCGCUAUUAAAUAACACAAAGCAAAGACAGAGGAGAACCCAGAUGGGGACUGAUCGUUUCUUGUUCAUACUCUUCUUCUCUGUUCUUGUUCUCAAUUUAGACAUCACCACAUCCCAGACUCCAGAUUUUAUAAGUAUCAACUGUGGAGGUCAAAGCAAUUUCACAGACGAUCUUGGGCUUGACUGGAUUCCCGAUAAUCAAAUCAUUUAUGGGAACACGAGUAACAUAUCAGUCACAAAUGAAACAAGACAACAAUAUCAAACAGUUAGAUAUUUCCCAGGAGACAACAGAAAAUAUUGUUACACACUUAAUGUUGAAAGCAGGACUAGAUACCUCAUAAGAGCAACAUUCUUAUAUGGAAACUUCGAUAGCAACAAUGUAUACCCAAAAUUCGACAUCUCCUUGGGCCCCACUCACUGGGCUACAAUUGUCAUUUCAGAUGCCAACACUAUCGAAUCUCAAGAACUAAUCUUUUUAGCUUCAGGGACUUCCAUUAGUGUGUGUUUAUCAAAUGCAACAACUGGGAAGCCAUUUAUUUCCACCCUUGAGUUAAGACCUUUCAACGGGUCUAUCUACCUUACGCCUUUUGAAAACCAAUUCUUUCUUAGUGUUUCUGCAAGAAUCAACUUUGGGGCAGAAAAUGAAGAUCCGGUUAGGUACCCGGAUGACCCGUUUGAUAGAAUAUGGGAAUCGGAUUUGGUAAAGAAAGCCAAUUACUUAGUUGAUGUUGCAGCCGGAACGGAAAGAGUAUCGACGGAAUCACCGAUUGACACCGGAAAAGACGAGCAGCCGCCUCAGAAAGUGAUGCAGACAGCGGUUGUAGGGCGGAAUGGGACUUUGACUUACCGAAUGAAUUUGGAUGGGUUUCCGGGGUUUGGCUGGGCUUAUACUUAUUUUGCAGAAAUUGAAGAUUUACCCCCUACAGAAACAAGAAAGUUCCGUUUAGUCCUUCCGGGAGCACCGGAAUUGAGUAAACCGGUUGUUAACAUUCAAGAAAAUGCUCAAGGGAUGUAUCGUUUGUAUGAGCCUGGAUUUGAGAACAUAACACUUCCGUUUGUUUUGUCUUUUAAGUUUGGGAAAACAGCUGAUUCUUCUCAAGGGCCUCUUGUGAAUGCUAUUGAGAUUAGUAAAUAUGUGAAAAUAAGUGAUGGGUCUUUUGAUGGAGAUGUUGCUGCUAGUUUAGUUUCUGGUUAUCAGUUGUCAGAUUGGGGGCAAGAAGGUGGUGAUCCAUGUUUACCAGUUGCAUGGUCAUGGUUGGUUUGUAAUUCAGAUCCUCAACCCAAGAUUAUCUCAGUAAAAUUGACUGGCAAGAACUUAAGUGGAAGCAUUCCUUUGGAUUUGACCAAGUUGACUUACUUAGAACAGUUAUGGCUUGAUGGGAAUGCACUCACGGGUCCUAUUCCUGAUUUUAGUGGAUGUCAAAACUUAAAGAUCAUACAUCUUGAGAACAAUCAGUUGAGUGGUGAAUUGCCUGCCUCAUUAGCAGACCUACCUAAUCUAAGCCAACUGUAUGUGCAAAAUAACUUGUUAUCAGGAGAAGUGCCUUCCGGUUUUCUGAAUGAAGGCUUAAUCUUGAACUACACAGGAAACCCAAAUCUUAGAAAAGAAGGUAGUGGAGGAAGACGAAAUAGAAACAUAAUCAUAGGAUUAGCAAUUGGGGCAGCUGCCCUAUUUUUAGGGUUCAUAACCUCAUGCAUACUCCUUCGCCAACGCAAGAAAUAUCCCAAACAAGAGCCUAAACAUGGUAUGCCUGUGAUGAAUAAUGCAACCACUGAGGCUGCUCAAUGCUUCACAUUAUCCGAAUUAAGAAAUGCUACAAAGAAUUUUGAAAAGAAAGUUGGGUCUGGAGGAUUUGGGACUGUGUACUAUGGAAAAUUAAAUGAUGGAAAGGAAAUUGCAGUUAAACUUCUUGAGAAUACUAAUGUUUAUCAAGGCAAGAAAGAGUUUGCAAAUGAGGUGACUCUUCUUUCAAGAAUCCAUCAUAGAAAUUUGGUACAGUUUCUUGGGUUUUGCCAAGAAGAUGGGAUGGAUAUUCUUGUUUAUGAGUUUAUGCAUAAUGGAACACUCAAAGAACAUCUUUAUGGACCUUUAGCAAGGGCACGUGGCAUUAAGUGGAUCAAGCGACUUGAAAUUGCUGAAGAGUCUGCAAAAGGGAUUGAGUACCUUCAUACGGGUUGUGUCCCAUCUAUUAUCCAUAGAGAUUUGAAAACAAGCAACAUUCUUCUUGAUAAGAACAUGAGAGCUAAGGUUUCAGAUUUUGGCCUCUCAAAGCUUGCAGUUGAUGGGACUUCACAUGUUUCAAGCAUUGUUCGUGGCACUCUUGGCUAUCUUGAUCCCGAGUACUAUAUUUCAAAUCGUUUGACAGACAAAAGCGACAUCUAUAGCUUUGGUGUCAUUCUUCUCGAGCUAAUCUCAGGUCAAGAAGCAAUUUCAAAUGAAAACUUUGGCAUCAAUUGCAGGAACAUCGUUCAAUGGGCGAAGAUGCAUAUAGAGAAUGGGGACAUUCAAGGAAUCAUAGAUCCAGCUCUUGGUAACGAAUAUGACAUCCAAUCGAUGUGGAAGAUAGCAGAAAAGGCUUUGAUGUGCGUGCAACCUCAUGGGAACAUGAGACCUUCGAUGUCUGAAGUUAUCAAAGAAAUACAAGAUGCGAUCUCGAUCGAGAGGGGAGUAGUGGCUGCUGCACGAGAACGUAGUUCUGAUGAAAUGUCGAGGCAUUCGAUGUUGAACAUGGGGUCUCUUGAUUUAAUGGGCAACGAUCACGAUUUGUCGAUUGAUGAAUCCAUUAAUCGACCUGCGUCCGAUCGAUCUCUCCAUCUUCAUCCAGCGACUCGCGCCCAAAUCUUUCUCCAACUUUACGAAUUUUUCUCUCUCCAUCAACUGGGUUUUGCUUUCCCGAUGGCGGAUGUUCCGGUGAGUCCAGGCGGCGGGAGUCAUGAGAGCGGCGAAUUAAGCCCGAGGUCGUCGAAUGUCCGGGAACAGGACAGGUUCUUGCCGAUUGCGAAUAUCAGUCGAAUCAUGAAGAAGGCGUUACCGGCUAAUGCGAAAAUGGCUAAGGAUGCGAAGGAGAUUGUUCAGGAAGCUGUUUCUGAGUUCAUCAGCUUUAUCACUAGCGAGGCGAGUGAUAAGUGUCAAAAGGAGAAGAGGAAAACCAUCAAUGGUGAUGAUCUUCUUUGGGCAAUGGCUACUCUAGGGUUUGAAGAUUAUAUUGAGCCUCUUAAGUUAUACUUGAUUAGAUACAAAGAGGGUGACACCAAGGGAUCUUCAAAAGGGAGAGAUGGGGUGCAACCUGAUCAUGAUCAUAAUGCACAGCUUGCUCAUCAAAGUCCAUAUUUGGAUGAUCUAGAUUAUGGAAACUCACAGAUGCAGAGUCAGCAUAUGAUGGUUCCGAUGCAAGGCAGAGAUUAAUUAGCAUUUCCUAUAAUUUAAAUUGGUCGAUGGAUUUUAAAGAGAUUUAAAAAAAAAAAAAAAAAAAAAAACUUUUUUUUUUUUUGUGGUUUAUUGAAAUUAUCUGUUGUAUUUCA